UAGGGCGCAUGCGCUUUGAUCAGGCGCCAUUUUGAAAAACGGAUUUUUGCCGUCAGGAUUAUUUUGUAAGCGUUUCUGGCGCAAAACUUGACAAAAAAGAUGCGAGGCCAGCGCCCCACCACCCUGUGUGCCGUGUUCAAGGAGUGUCAGAAGGGACAUCAGAACACCACCAAGCUGCUGGCAGCACUCAAGAACAUCCAUGCUACACACCCCGACCCAGCCCAGUUCCAGGCAGAGUUUAUCCACUACCUCAAGCACUCCCUGGUGGUGUUCCGGCGGGAACCUGCGGUGGAGCGGACUCUGGAGUUUGUCGCCAAGUUCGCGGGAUCCUUCGCGGCCGAGGCGGGAAGCGGCAGCGAUGAGGAGAAGGAGAAUGCGGGAGGGAACAGGAAGUUCCACAUGGACCUGUUCGACUUCCUCCUCAAGUCCCACAAUGCCAACAGCCAGGCGGUGCGGUUCCGCGCCUGCCAGCUCAUCAACAAGAUGCUGAACGCGCUCGGCGAGGAUGCGGAGGUUGAUGACGAUCUUUAUGAUCGGAUCUUCGAGUGCAUGCUGAUGCGCCUGCGGGACAAGAUUCCUGCCAUCCGUGUUCAGGCCGUACUGGCACUGACACGACUACAGGACCCUUCUGACCAGAGCUGUGCAGUUAUUACAGCGUACCAGUACCUGUUAGGCUGUGAUCCCAACCCUGAUGUGAGGCGAGCCAUCCUGUCCUGCAUUGCCCCCUCCACCCACACCUUGAGUGGUGUUCUGCAGAGGAUUCGGGAUGUCAACCAGUCUGUACGGGUUAUGGCGUUCAAGGUCCUAGCCGAGAAGUUCCACAUCCGUGCCCUGACCAUCGCCCAGCGUCUCCAGGUCCUGCAGCAGGGACUGAACGACAGAUCAGAAGCUGUGCGUGAGGUGUGCGGGACCAAGCUGCUGCAGUCCUGGCUCAGGCUGUUUGAGGGGAACAUCCUGGACCUGCUGGGCUGUCUGGAUGUGGAGACCACCUGUGGGACAGAUGAGGAAGUGACGACAGGCCAGCCCACAGGGGAGGAGACCAUCGAGGCUGCCGUCAUGUGGAUGUUCAAACAGACUCCCACGGACGAACUCAUCAUGAACUUUGACCUGCUGGGGGAAAGCCAUGUGAUUCCAUUGGCGAGCCUGACGUGUGAGUCUGCCCUGUACUGGCGCUGUCUGUGUCAGUAUGUCAAGUCUCUGGGUACGGAGGGAGAGGAGUAUCAGGACAGACUGUUACCUACUUUGACUGCCCUGUGUGACUAUGUACAGAGUAUGUCUGGGUACAGAGAGGAGUAUCAGGAUAGACUGUUACCCACCCUGACUGCCCUGUGUGACUAUGUACAGAGCCACCUGGAGACCCUGCCCAGUAUAGAGGGAGGGUUGGACAUGACGUCAGCUGUAGACGACCACCUGAGGAAGGAGUUUGUUGCCCAGCAGCUGGUGAUGAUACUGGGCAUCCCUGACCUCACCGAUGAGGUGGGAAGGAAGCGUCUCCGCAGCCUGAUACACGACAUGCUCCUGUCGGACAACAUGACGCGCCCCCUACUCAAGCUGCUGAUCGUGCGGUACUGCAGCGUGCAGACCGACCAGGAGGCGCGGAUCCGCGACCUUGUGGAGGUCAUUGCGGACAUCCGUGAGCCGAUCACGGUCCUGGAGACCUCGCUGAGCCAGGAACAGAUGAGGCAGAAGGAGCUCAAGCUUGCGUCCAUCCGUGUCCAGCUGAACGAGGCCCGUGAGGAGAUGGACCAACUGGUGGCAGCUCAGGAGUUCCAGAAGGCAGCGGAGAUGAAGGGGCGAGUCGACGAGCUGGAGCUGAGCAAGUCUGAUCUCACAGAGGAGAUGCAGCCUCAAACCCAGGAGGUCAGGACCGAGAAGAACGACCCCCUGACCCUCCUGCGUUGCCUGACCAUUGCUGCGGAAAUGUUGCAGACCCUGACACUGAAGGGACUCAGCCCCACCCUCCGCACGCUCGUCGACUCUCUGAUGCUGACGGGUAUCCAGAGCGCGGACCCUGCUGUGCGUAACAUGGCUGUCCGCUGUCUGGGGCUGACAGCUGUUCUGUGUAAGGACACAGCAGUGCAGUACCUGCCUCUCUUCCUACAGGACACGGCAGUGCAGUACCUGCCUCUCUUCUUACAGGCUUCCCAAGUUGACCUUGACGCUAUCCAGGUCACGGCCCUGCGUAUUGUGUUCGACCUUCUGCUCAUCUUUGGCCUGAAGGCUUUUGGGGCUGAGAACUCGGAACAGCAGAACCAGGGGGAGGGAGAGGGGGAGACAGAAGAGCCGCAGCAGGCCACGCCUAACAACACAGCCAACAGCCUGCUGUCCAUCCUGACAGGCAUGCUGGACUCGGAGAACACAGAUAUCCGCACCAACGCGGCAGAAGGCCUGGCUAAGUUGAUGAUGUCAGGCCGAGUGCUGAGCUGGAAGCUGCUGUCCAGACUGAUGCUUCUGUGGUACAACCCCACCACCGAGGACGACACACAUCUGCGACACUGUCUGGGGACAUUCUUCCCCAUGUUCGCCUUCUCUGGGAGGUCCGCCCAGGAGUGUGUGGAGGAGGCGUUCCUCCCCACCCUGCAGACAUUACUGGACGCUCCCGACACGUCGCCCCUGGCAACGGUUGACGUGGGCAACGUGGGGAGUCUGCUGACCACGCUGACGAGCCGCGCCAACAUGAAGCAGUUCUGUGUGGAGAGGACGGGGAAACCUGACCUGCCAAGGGAUAUGGAGGACUACUCUGCCCAUGACAACCUCGCCCUGAAGUUGUGUAACGAGAUCCUGAAGGACACCUACUCGCCUGACGUCAGGAUGUUCUGUAAGAUCCUGGGGACCAUGGAGCCCACAGCCUCAAGUACUGCACACCUCAAGGACCUGUACGUCCUGUCUCAGCAGAUCACUCAGGAGUUGGAUGACAGAAUGUCCCUGAAGUACAUGGACCAGUUCCAGAAGACCCUGUGUGAGCUGUGCCCAGGUCUGACAGGGGACGGUCAGGGGGACACCAGUCAGACUGGACAGGAGAACACGAGUCAGACUGGACAGGAGGGGACAACAGGGAACCAGCGGGAGACAGAGGGGAACAAGGAACAGUCUCAGGACAAGGAAGGUACUGAGAAAGAAGACAAUCUUUUGUAG